AUGCAUAUCAGAAAACCACAUGCCGCCAUGUUUGCCAGUCCCGGAAUGGGCCACGUCAUGCCGGUGAUGGAGCUAGCUAAGCGUCUCUCCGCGAACCACGGGUUUAAAGUCACCGUCUUCGUCCUCGAAACUGACGCAGCCUCCGUUCAGUCAAAGUUUCUAAACUCAACCGGUGUGGACCUCGUCAAUCUUCCUUCGCCGGACAUUUCUGGUUUAGUGAACCCGGAAGACCGUUUGGUGACCAAGAUCGGAGUCAUUAUGCGUGAAGCCGUUCCUGCCCUCCGAUCCAAGAUCGCUGCCAUGCAUCAAAAGCCAACGGCUCUGAUCGUCGACUUGUUCGGUACAGAUGCAUUAUGUCUCGCAGCGGAACUAAACAUGUUGGCUUAUGUGUUUUUCGCUUCCAACGCGCGUUUCCUCGGAGUUUCCAUGUAUUAUUCAACAUUGGACAAAGAUAUCAAAGAAGACCACGCAGUGCAAAGAAGCCCGCUCGCUGUACCGGGGUGUGAACCGGUUAGAUUUGAAGAUACUAUGGAUUCAUAUUUGGUUCUUGACGAACCGGUGUCCCGGGAUUUGGUCCGUCACUAUCUGGCUUACCCAAAGGCUGAUGGAAUUUUGGUGAAUACAUGGGAAGAGAUGGAGCCCAAAUCAUUGAAAUCUCUUCAAGACCCAAAACUUUUGGGUCGGGUCGCUCGUGUACCAGUUUAUCCGGUUGGACCGUUAUGCAUACCGAUAAAAUCAUCUAAGAACGAACAUCCGGUUUUUGAUUGGUUAAACGAACAGCCAGAUGAGUCGGUUCUUUAUAUCUCCUUCGGGAGUGGUGGUUCUCUUACAGCUAGUCAGUUAACCGAAUUGGCGUGGGGACUCGAUCAUAGCCAGCUGUUAAGAAUGAAACGCUCUUUUUAUUAA